GUUUUCUCGGCAACCAAACAGGAAAUUACAUAUGGUGCUCUGUGUUCUCGCCGUUUCUCUGUUUUCUACCUUUGGUUAACAUGGAACUUUUGUGUCGAUAUUGAAUUUAUGAGAAAAUUCUUUAAUUUUUGUUCAUUGUUGUUGUUUUGGUCUUAAUUCCCAUUAUCGUGUGGGGUUUGUAUGAUACUUCAAAGUUGCAAGUAAAGUCCAUCCUAGUCCGCUGGUGAAUUAGUUGUAUUGGAUACUGUGCAGACAGAUUUCCUAAAGUCAUGAAUUUCAGGCAAGAUAAAUUUGUAAGGUUUGAGGAUUCAAUUUCAGAGAGAUCUUUAAGUUUUGAGCGUUCCACCGAGGAUGGACUACGUACUAGAAGAAGCAGAUCAAUUGUAGGCUCAGUAUUGGGGAGUAUUCAGAGAGGAUUUGAGAAAGUUUCGAAAAGGAUUAGAAGCUUAAAAAAACCGUUAGGCAGAAAUCAACUCAAUGAUCAGCCAACAAAACAAUUGGGUCAUAAGAAGACAAUUCUUGAUCCACAAGGGCCAUUUCUUCAGAAGUGGAACAAAUUUUUUGUGCUUGCUUGUGUGAUUUCUUUGUCCUUGGAUCCCUUAUUCUUUUACAUCCCUGUGAUUGAUAGCAAAAAGAAGUGCCUCGGUUUGGACCACAGUUUGGGGAUCACUGCUUGUGUUCUUCGCUCGUUCACUGACGUCUUGUAUAUACUUCACAUUCUCUUUCAAUUCCGUACUGGGUUUAUUGACCCUUUUUCUCGAGUAUUUGGAAGGGGCGAGUUAACUAAAGAUCCUUAUGCUAUCGCAAAAAGAUACUUGUGCUCCUACUUCAUUAUUGACAUUUUAGCAAUUCUACCCCUCCCACAGUUGGUGAUUUUAGUUAUUAUCCCAACAAAUGAAGGCCCAGUUGCACAGCUUACAAAGGAAUUGUUGAAGGCGGUAAUUUGGACCCAAUAUUUUCCUAGAGUUAUUCGGAUCUACCCUCUAGUUAAAGAAGUGACACGUACAUCUGGCUUAUUUACGGAAACGGCAUGGGCUGGAGCUGCCUUUAAUCUCUUUCUCUACAUGCUAGCCAGUCAUGUUGUUGGAGCCUUCUGGUACUUGUUCGCAAUAGAAACGGAAUAUAGGUGCUGGCGUAAAGCAUGCAAGGAUCAAACUUGUAUUGAUGAUCUCCUUUUAUACUGUGAAGAAGCAAAUAAUGAUAGAUUUUCGCAUCUGGAUGGUUCUUGCCCUCUUCUUGAACCCAGUCAAAUAAAGAACUCAACAGACUACGACUUUGGAAUAUUCCUCGAUGCUCUUAAGUCUGGUAUAGUUGAAACAAGAGAUUUUCCAAAGAAAUUCUUCUAUUGUUUUUGGUGGGGGCUGCGAAAUCUAAGUUCUUUUGGCCAAAAUCUCAAAACCAGCGUUUUUGUUCGGGAGAUUAUCUUUGCUAUCUUCAUUUCCAUCAUUGGAUUGGUUCUAUUUUCGUUUCUCAUUGGCAACAUGCAGAAAUAUCUGCAGUCUAUAACCGUCCGAGUAGAAGAGAUGAGGGUAAAAAGGCGGGAUGCAGAGCAGUGGAUGGCCCACCGUAUGCUCCCUGAGAACCUGAGGGAGCGUAUUAGGCGCCACGAACAAUACAAAUGGCAAGAAACCAGAGGUGUUGAGGAAAAGUCUUUGAUUUCUAAACUUCCUAAAGACAUCAGAAGGGACAUAAAGCGCCAUCUUUGCUGGUCUUUGCUCAGAAGGGUGCCAUUGUUUGAAAAAAUGGAUGACCAAUUGUUGGAUGCAAUGUGUGAUCAUCUCAAGCCAGCUCUUUACACACAGGAUAGCUUCAUAGUUCGUGAAGGUGAUCCGGUUGAUGAGAUGUUUUUCGUCAUGAGAGGCAAUCUUUUGACAGAGACCACCAAUUGGGGAAGAACUGGUUUUCUCAACUCUGUUAAUCUCACAGCUGGUGACUUUUGUGGAGAAGAGCUUCUUACAUGGGCUUUGGAUCCCAACUCUUCCUCCAUUCUUCCUACCUCAACCAGAACUGCACGAGCCGUAACAGAUGUUGAAGCUUUUGCCCUGAUGGCUGAUGAUCUGAAGUCUGUGGCUUCACAGUUCCGGCGUCUUCAGAGCAAGCAACUCCAGCACACCUUCAGGUUCUACUCACAGCAGUGGAGGACAUGGGGAGCGUGUUUUAUACAAGCAACAUGGCGGCGACACUCUAAUAGGAAGAUUGAAAAGUCCUUGCGCGAGGAAGAAGAUAGGCUCAAGAAUGCUUGGGCAAAUGAGGUUGGAGCCUCACCAAGCCUCGGUGCCACCUUUUAUGCAUCAAAGUUUGCUGCCAAUGUUCUACGAGCCCUACAUCGCAAUCAACCACAAAAUACCAAAUUGUCUCCCAGGUUGUCACCCAGGUUACCACCCUUACUGCUCCAGAAGCCAUCGGAGCCUGAUUUUACUACCCAAGAUCAUUAAAAAAGGUGUAAUUUUUCUUUUGUAAUGAAAAUGGUAGUUACUUAAAUAUUUCAUGAUUUGUACCCAACUAUAGUCUAUAAUCAUCUAUAAAUUUUGAGGAAGAAGUUGAGAUGCCCAUUAGGAGAGAAUUAAGGGGGCAUGUUUGGUACUGUUUUCGUUUUCUGUUCUGGAAAAUAGAAAAUGGAAACUGACAAAUAUUAGAUAGUUGAAUGACAAUAACUUCUGUUUGAUUAGUAAAACCAAUUGCAGAGCGUAAA